CGGUGCGGAGCUGUGAUGGUGAGGAGGCGGGUCGGCGCUUGCGCGUUAGGAACGCCCCGCCUCUCGGGGCUCGCGCCGGCCGCGGGAGGGUUGAGGUUCGGCGUUCGCCCCCGCGCCGCCAUUUUGUGCCGCCGCCCGCAGCAGGAUGGAGCCGAGUACCCGAUCGAAGCCGCCCGCCGCCUGCCGCGCCCGCCGCCCCGCAAUCCCUGGACCCGCAGCCCCUGGAUGGAGCGCCGCUCCGCAGGCCCGACCGCACCUCUGGGAGCGCUGAAGAGUAUCCUCUGCCCGCCGCCGCUCAUGGAGCCGAGCGGCCAGGAACAAGCCGGGCCCGGCCUGAGGCGGGCCCGGCUGGGCUUAGCCGCGGCCUGGCCUAAGCUGGCCGGGCCCAGCGCGGCCCCCGCCGGCGCCUCGCCCCAGGCGAGCCCGCCCUUCUCUUGGCUGCGGCUGGUGUCGCAGCUCCUCUCCCCGCUGCCCGCUUUGCUGCAGCGGCUGCUGCCCGGCCCCGCGCUGAGCAGUGCCCUCUGCCCCGCCACCGAGCAGCCGCCUGCCAAGGGCCCCCAGCCGCCGCCGCUGCUGCUGCUGUCGGAGCCGGCCGCCUCGCUGGACUGGGCCGAGGAGACGCUGCCGUGGCCGGAGGAGCCCCCGGAGAAGGGACAAGAGGGUGGCACGGAGCCUCCGCCGGGCCUCUGGAGAACCAGGCUGGUACGGAGCAGCCUGGUGUCCGUCGCCAUACCGCGUGUGGACUUGUACGUGCUGGGCCCGGAGCAGGGCCAGGUUGGUUGUUCCGGCAAGAGCCAUUUGCCCCAGCCCCUGCGAGCCGAGGUCCCCACGGAAGCCUGGCGAGGUUGCCCCGCCCGGGGCGGUUUGCCGGAGGUCGAGUUUCUCCGCAGCAAGCGCUUGGCGUUUCUCCAGCCGUGGCAUUUGGUGAGCGGUGGCCUGGCAGUGCCAGACCCGGACCACGGCUAUCACAGCUUGGAGGAGGAGCAGCAGCAGCACAAGGGCGUUUGUCAAGAAGAGGUAGGGCGACGGCGGGAGCAGCGGUGCGAUGCCGGGGAGUUGAAGCGGCCCGAGGAGCCCAGCGACGCGGGGAGACAGCCUGGAGGUGAUCCCUUGGAGCCGGAGGGGAUAAGGGGUUCAGCUGAGAAGGGGACACUCGAGAGGGAAGCCCUGACUGAAGAGGAUGAUGAGGACUCCGAAAUAGAGCAAAACCUUUCGAUUUCAGCGAGACCUGCCUGUGCGAAUAAAUUAAUAGACUACAUCAUAGGGGGAGCUUCCAGCGGGGAUGAGAGUGCAGAUGAUGAGGAAGACUGGGAUGAUGAUGAUGACGGGUUUGACAGUGAAGGGCUCCCCUCGGAUUCAGACGCUGGUAGCCAGGACGGGGAAAGGCUUCAUCUCUGGAAUUCUUUCUACAGUUUGGAUCCGUACAACCCUCAGAACUUCACAGCCACCAUCCAGACAUCUUCCAGUGAUCCAGGAAAGGAUAUGUCGGAUGUGGAGGAGGAGGAAGAGGAAGAUUCUUCGUGGGCAGAAGAUUCUUCAGCCUCUCCGCACCCUAGUUCUGAAGAGGAGGAUGAGUGGGACUGUAGUAGUGUGGAUGAGGCAGAAAACCUGAAACUCUGGAACUCGUUCUGUACCUCAGAUGAUCCAUAUAAUCCCUUAAAUUUCACGGCAGCCUUUCAAACAGCAGAGAAAAAAGGGACGCCUGGUUUAAAAGGAGCUGAGAGACCAAGUUUAGUGACUGCUGAGCAUAGUCACUUGACUGUCUGUCGGGUGCAGCUGGAAAAACAUAACUGUGGGGUCACUGACUUUGUGCAGCAUGGCAUUCUUUCUGGUGAGAAAUGCAGCAGUACCAAGCGGAAAAAGGUCACCUUCCUCGAAAAAGUUACUGAGUAUUACGUAAGCAGUGAGGAGGAUCGUAAAGGACCCUGGGAAGAGCUUGCACGAGAUGGAUGCAGGUUCCAGAAACGUAUCCAAGAAACAGAAGAAGCCAUAGGAUAUUGCUUCACAGCAGAGCAUAGGCAAAGAGUAUUUAAUAGACUCCAAGAAACCUACUACAAGAGGGUUGAUCUCUUCUAGCACCUUAAAAGAUCUGGUAGUUGUAUGAGCCUAAGCACUCAUGAACAUCUUCAAAACAAGAAGCGGCAGCUGCAUGUGCUGUUUUGAAAUGGGGAGAGAAGUGAGAUUUUAACACUUUUUUUCCCAGUUCAAUAUUCAGCCAACCAAUAGGCCUGUGUGUCACGUUUUGAUAGCCAGACAAAACCUUUUGAGUAUCAUCAAGGGUAAGGGUGGCAUAAUUGCAUUCCUUUUAAGUAACACUUGAGAAACAGACUGCUUUAGGUUAAAUCCAUUCCAAAAAUGCCUUGUCUGCCGUAUGUGGAGAAGUGGUGACUAUUAAGUUGAAUUUUUGCACUUUGAAAAAGCGAAACCUAUUUUGAAGGAGAUAUUUAUGAGGCUCAGAACCUAGUCAUUGCAGUUUUGAUUUAAAGAUUCUAGAGGUAUGUGUUACUUUCUUGUGGUUCUCCAUUUUCUCUAACUUGUACAAAAGUCUCAAAAUUUGUUAGCUGAUUAACUUUACUGUGCAAAGCAGAUUAACUUCCUUUUAAGAUCCCAGUUUUGCAUGUUAUCUAGUGUUUGAGUGUUUAUGUAAUGCUUUGAUGUCUUAAUAUUUCAGUCUAGCACACUGGGGGAUUCAGGGGAACUCUGGUGCACUACAAGCCCUUUGGUUUGUCUUUAUUUAAAUAUAAAUACCUUUACCCAGUACUGUUCCAAAGGGUGGUGGCUGCUUGUGCACCAAACCUCUUUGCUUUCAGGGCAAUGAAAGGCCAAAUCCCAAUCAAUAAUUAAAGCUCCGAGGUACGUGUUGAGGCUGAUCGUUUGAGUUUAGGUAGCCACGCACAGGGAACUAGGCCCUAGAUCUUAAGUUAAUCUUAGAGUAACUUUGCUGUAAUUGAUUCUGCUUUCUGAAGAUGGAUUGAAGUGGAAGAUUCUUCAUGUUCCUUGUAUCCAAUAUGCUUGUUCUGGUACUUGUAAGGAGAAUUAUCUUAGACUUAUGGAAAUCUAAGGCUACAAAUUGCUGUGUUCUUUACCAAAAGCCAGUAUUAAUACCUCUCUGCGUCUGCACUUUUGUUCAUCUGGUACCAAAAUAACAUUUCACGUUUGGGGUCUGAAACUUGAGGUCCUCAGUGGGAGGAAAACACUCCUUAUUUAUGUUCCUAACUUAAAAUGUUUAAUUGUUGUUUCAAGUCAAAAUAAAAAAAAAAGAAGCACCAUUUGGAUAUGUGUUUGGACCUGAAGGACGUUGUGUGGCUGUUAACCAAGCAGGUAUGAGGUCAUGCAAUGGAAUAAAUACCAAACAUCAAAGAAUUCGUAUCUGUUCGCAUGAAGUUGUGUGAAUAAAUUAUUUGCUACUUGGUUCAUUCCGCUGACUAGAAUUGUUUCACUUUUCUAAAUGCUUCAGAUUUAUAAUCUCAUUAAUCUCAUUAAUGACUUCAAUUUUUAAUUCAAAAGAAAAUUACAGGUGCAGAAGAGCUUCACAGAGCUUUACUGAAUUUCCUGCUUUAUCGUGGCAUCUUUUUGGCCAUUUUAAUUCUCUCAAAAAUUUCAGAGUCUUUGGGUUUAUACUUUAUUCUUAUUGCAUGAAGUAUGUUCUUUAAAAAUUUCCUUUACUAGAAGUGUUACAAUUAUGAAAUUCAGAGGGUUAACUGUGAACUACGGCAGAGUUGUCAUGUAAACUUAAAAAUACAGCUGAAACUCAAGCAGCCUUCCAGACUGGCUACUUGGAAGCAAUGCGGCAAUGUUCUUUUUCAUACCCAUGGCAUAAAAAAAAAAUUGGAUUCUCCAUUCCUGCAAAAGAUAAUUUUAGUUGUGAAAUUUUCAUUCUAAUCAUGCCCUCAAAUCCUGUGAAAUAACUUUUAAUUUUUAGGAGUUCAUUUGCCUGUAUUGUUUGGUAACGGGCAUUGUGUUUUUCUGUUUAGGAAAAAGCACGCAGGAUGAUAAAUGUAGAAUUACAAUAGAAGUUGUGUUGAUUUAUGGUCCAAGUGUGACUGAUAAGUAAAAAUGCUGUUCAUUGCUCCUGGUAAAAUAUACUACAGUCGUUUCUCCAUGACUCUCCCAUUUUCUUUGAUCUUGGAGAACUUGGUGGAGCUCCUGUUACUCUGGACAACUCGUUUUAGUGGUCCUUGUAGGAAGCUUUAGAGUGGUGUGAACUAACACCUGCAAACACUGACCCGCUGUUUGCAGAGGCUUGGAAAAGCCAACAGCUGGAAACGAACAGAAUUGACAAAUUGGGUGUAAAGUAGAUUAAAAUGUGCUGCUUCUAACAUUGGAGAAUUUUUUUUUUUCCAACCUGCAGCGUAUCAAGCACCCUGGUCUAACACUGCUGAUUCUCACGGAAACUAUACCUGCUUGGGUAAGCUUUUCCCACUCUCAAACCUCAUGUUUUCAAGGUAGCUGAUAGGUAUUAACACUAAAUUCAUCACCAUAAACAUAUCUUAAAAGCAAGCUAAGCUUGUUUGUCACCAUUUUCCCCAUAAUAUACCUUAAAAUGCUCAUACAGGAUGUGUAUGUGUGUAAGUGCUUUGAGUGAGACAGUAAAAAUAACACUUGUUGAACUUUAAAUCAAAACUGUAAUUAUCAGAUUUUAUUUUUGUAUAAUUUAGAGAAAGUUAGAAAACCUUCAACAUUGGCUUUAUACAGAUUUUAAUUGAUUUGUGUCGAGUUUGUUGGGUUUUUAUAUCUAAAGUUAUAUUUCUGUACAUAAUAAAACUAUUCAGAACUAAUCUGUAAAUUGUAAUAAAGAUAUUUGCAAGAUAA